AUGCAACAAUUUGAAUUGUUUGACCCGCCUUCGGAUGCUAUAUCAUCAGUUGUAUUUAGUCCCACUAGCCCUAUUCACCUUCUGACUAUUAAAUUGUAUAACGUUGAAGAAAAUUCGCUUCGAGGAUCAUAUAAUCAUGAUGCACCAGUUCUUGACUGUUGUAUGUCCGUUGAAACUCAUGUGUAUAGUGGCGGGUUAGAUCAUUGUAUAAAGAGUUUCGAUGUCAAUACGCAUAAUGGAUUUGUUGUGGGAUCACAUCAAAACGCUGUUAAAUGCAUAGAAUAUAGUAUUGAAAAUAAUCUGAUUGUAUCUGGUUCGUGGGAUCAAACGGUUCGGACAUGGGACGUACGCGACAAAGACUCGCAAACCGGAGUAUAUAAAAUGGAGAAUUCUGCCAAAAUUUUUGCGAUAUCUUUGGUAUCUUAUAGAUUAGUAGUUGCUACAGCUUCAAGACAAUUUUAUAUCUAUGACAUAAGAAACAUGUCUGAUAUCCUUCAGAGUAGAGAAAGCAGCUUAAAAUUCAUGACUAGAUGCGUUAAAUGCAUGCCUAAUAAACAAGGAUACGCGUGUAGUUCAAUCGAAGGACGCGUAGCUGUCGAAUUUUUUGACCCAUCACCUGAAGUACAAGCGCGUAAAUAUGCUUUCAAAUGCCAUAGGAAGAUGAUUGAUGGUAUUGAUACGGUUUAUCCCGUCAAUGCACUUGCUUUCCAUCCAACGCAUGGCACUUUUGCCUCCGGAGGUGCUGAUGGUGUCGUGAAUAUUUGGGACGGAUUCAAUAAAAAACGUCUUCGACAGUAUCCACAAUACCCAACCAGCAUUUCCAGCUUGGAUUUUAAUAAGGAUGGUCAGUAUUUGGCAAUUGCGAGUAGUUACACAUUUGAAGAGGGUGAGAAAGAUCAUCCGCCAGAUUCUGUUUUUAUAAGGCCCAUUAACGAAAAUGAAUGUAAACCAAGACAUUUGACACCACUUCCUUAA